UUCGCCUCCCGUGUUCCCUCCCCUCCUCUCCUCUCCAUCCUCCCCAACGCCGAACCAGAACCACUCGCCUCUCCCCUCCGUCGGGCUUCACAUCCGGGUCAUCCGCUAGUAUCUGUCUCACUCGCGUCCGUGUGUUCCACCGCGGUGAUCGUCGCUCCUUUUCCCCUCCGAACGACCGACACUCGCCGAGCGGACCCCGCGCCUGGCCGCUCGCUGGGGGGGGGGGCGAUGGAGCCGCUGUGAGGCUGCAGCCGGUUCGCACAAAAGGGGCCGGGAUGAUACGGUGAGGAGGGGCUAGCGUGCGGGCCAGUGCGCGGUGAUCAACUCAGCCCGCAACCAUGUCUAAGAGCCUCAAGAAGAAAAACCACUGGACCAACAAAGUCCACGAAGCCGUGAUCACCCGCGGGAAGGACGCGGAGCUCGGGUUCGAGCUGAAGGGGGGCGCGGAGAUCGGCCAGUUCCCCUACUUCGGCGAGGUGAAGCAGGGCAAGGCUCUGCUCCAGAGCGGGAAGCUGGCCCAGGAUGAGCUGCUGCUGGAGGUCAACAACAUGCCGGUGGCCGGGCUCACCACCCGGGACGUGCUGGCCGUGAUUAAACACUGCAAAGACCCGGUCCGCCUCAAGUGUGUCAAGCAAGGUGGGGUCGUUGACAAGGAUUUGCGGCACUACCUCAACCUGCGUUUCUCCAAGGGCUCGGUGGACCACGACCACCAGCAGAUCAUCAGAGACAACCUCUACCUCCGCACCGUUCCCUGUACCACCAGGCAGCCUAAGGAAGGGGAGGUGCCGGGGGUGGACUACAGCUUUGUGAGCGUGGAGCGUUUUAUGGAACUGGAGCAAAGUGGAGCCCUGCUUGAGAGUGGAACCUAUGAAGAUAACUUCUACGGCACACCCAAGCCCCCAGCGGAGCCGUCCCCCGCAGCGCCUCCUCUGAAUGUAAGUGAGGCCCUGCUGCCCGGAGCCCGGCCCAGCGCCCAGGGCAAGAGGAAGAGGAACCAGUCGGUCAGCAACAUGGAGCAGCGUGCCAGCCUGGAGCCGCCGGAGGAGGAGGAAGAGGAGAGCCCGGUGCUCAACGGCAACGGGGGGGCCAUCACGCCAGAGUCCAGUGAACACGAGGACAAGAGCACAGAUGCCUCCGGGGACGUUGGUGUAGAAACGUCCAGCCAGGCUCCGGCGUCUGUCGAGCCGCCCGACGAAGAAGAGGAGGAGGCCCCAAAAUCUCCCUCCAAAUCCCCCGUCAAAGUUGCAGACAUAGAUGAGGAAGAGCUUGGUCCUCUGCCGGACAACUGGGAGAUGGCCUACACCGAGAAGGGGGAGGUCUACUUCAUAGAUCACAACACCAAAACUACAUCGUGGCUGGAUCCUCGACUGGCAAAGAAAGCAAAGCCACCAGAAGAAUGCAGAGAAGACGAGCUGCCCUACGGCUGGGAGAAGAUAGAUGACCCCAUCUACGGCAGCUACUAUGUCGAUCACAUCAAUCGAAGAACUCAGUUUGAGAACCCAGUCCUGGAAGCCAAGAGACGGCUGGAGCAGCAGAGACAGAUGCAGAGCCAGGGACUCUCUGCUCUACCACUACCCACUAUAUACAGAGAGAAGCCAUUGUUUACGAGGGACCCGACCCAGCUGAAGGGGAACUUCCUGUCGACCGCCCUGCAGAAGAGCAACAUGGGGUUCGGAUUCACGAUCAUUGGAGGGGACGAACCCGAUGAGUUCCUGCAAGUGAAGAGUGUGAUACCAGAUGGACCCGCUGCCCAGGAUGGGAAGAUGGACACAGGUGAUGUCAUUGUCUACAUCAAUGACAUCUGUGUGCUUGGCACCACACACGCCGAUGUGGUGAAGCUUUUCCAGUCCGUGCCGAUCGGUCAGAGUGUGACCCUUGUGCUGUGUCGAGGCUACCCCCUGCCCUUUGACCCCGAGGACCCGAGUGGCGCGGCGAGCGCUUCUCUGACGCCCAUCGGCAUGGAGCACCGUCCCCUGGUGGUGAACGGCCGCAGCAGCUACGACCCCUACCUGGAGUAUCUGUCGUUGAGCUCCCAGCUCCCUCCUCAGGCUCUGGGCCAGGCAGGAGCCCCCCACCCCGGGGACACGCAUCUGGAUGGCUCGUCUCUGCCGCCCACCACGCCCGGCUCCAUAUCCGGACUCACGCCUCACGACGACAACGUGUCCAUGGCCUCCUCCGGGGCUGCAGGUGCUGCUGGGCACACGGCACAGGGGGCGGAGUUUCUCACCGUCACCAUGGUGAAGGGGGCGGAGGGAUUUGGGUUCACCAUUGCAGACAGUCCCACUGGUCAACGGGUCAAACAGGUGCUGGACCCGGGCUCACAGGGGGCAUCGGGGCUCGCAGAGGGGGACCUGAUCCUGGAGGUGAACCAGCAGCCGGUGGCUGCAGCCGGACAUGGACGAGUGGUGGAGAUGCUCAAAGAGUGUCCCGUGGGCGCCGAGGCGACUCUCCUCAUCCAGAGAGGAGCGACGGGCCACGUCUCGCCUCGUAAGGCCUCCAAACAGCUGCCCGACCAGUGGGAUCCACACGGCAGCCCCCAAGCAAACCUGUCCGGCCCGGUUCUGCCACCUGGGACGCCGUUCCCAAACCAGCCGCAGCACCGCACGUCUGUGCCUGACUCCACCGAGGGCUUCGACCUCAACAAACCUGACCCCUAUGACCUUUAUGAGAAGUCGAGGGCCAUCUAUGAGAGCAGACGUCCAGAGUAUGAAGAGGUGGAGGUGCACCUCCUGAGAGAGAAGACCGGGUUUGGCUUUCGUAUCCUAGGGGGAGACGAGGCCGUGCAGGCUGUGAGUCCGGACGCCCGUGACAAGAUUGUUAUCGGAGCUAUAAUAGAGAACACCCCCGCUGAGCGCGAUGGGCGGCUUCGACCCGGGGACGAGCUCAUUUCUGUGGAUAAAAAUGUGGUUGCUGGGAAACCACACAAAUACGUAAUAGACUUGAUGCACGCAGCCGCGCGCAACGGUCAAGUCAGCUUGACUGUGAGAAGGAGAGUGCAAAUGCCUGGUGAGCUGUGCCCUGUGAAUGGACGCAGCCCCGGCUCCGUGUCGACCCAACACAGCUCCCCACGCAGCGACGCAGCCUCGGCUUCAGGCCCUCCGGCGGUGGUGGUGCCGACUGCCACCUCCCCUCCGGAGAGAUCCGCCCUGCAAACCAGUGACGUGGUUAUUCACCGCAAGGACAAUGAGGGCUUCGGCUUUGUCAUCAUCAGCUCCCUGAACAGACCGGAGAACGCCUCCGUCAUCACUGUGCCCCAUAAAAUAGGACGGAUCAUCGAGGGCAGCCCGGCGGACCGAUGUGGGAAGCUGAAGGUGGGCGACCGGAUCCUGGCUGUAAACGGACAAUCCAUCAUCAGCAUGCCGCACGCAGAUAUCGUCAAGCUCAUUAAAGAUGCUGGGCUAACAGUCACACUGCACAUCAUACCAGAGGAGGGAUCCCACUCUGGCCCCAGCUCAGAGAAGCAGAGCCCAAUGACCCAGAAACACAGCCCCCAGAACCAGCACAGCCCUGUAGCACAGCCAGGCCAAGGAGGCACCCAUCCCGGCCAAGUGGCCUCCCAGACGGGUCAGAUACCCGGGCAGCCCGGCCAGACACCAGCACAGACCAGCCAGACAGUGACUGGCCCUCCUGUAACCGCGGCCCCCCAUCCUGCACCAGCUGGAACCCAGCAGAGCCCGGUCAGCCAGCCCGCGGGCCCCCCUCCACAGCUCUACCUCCACGACGGCAGGUCAGAGGUUAAAGCCAGACAGGAUGUCAAACCUGACUUCCGGCAUCCUCCUUUCACUGAUUACAGGCAACCUCCAGUAGACUAUCGUCACCCACCAGUUAGUGAUUACAGACAGCCGCCGACGCUGGACUACAGACACCCGCCCGGUCUGCUGGACUUCAGACAGCACCCUGCAGCGGCCCAGUUUCCUCUGGGCAUCCCUCCCGACUUCAGACACCAGGACUAUGACUACUUCACGGUGGAGCUGGAGAAAAGCGCAAAGGGUUUUGGCUUCAGUAUCCGGGGGGGCAGAGAGUACAAGAUGGACCUGUUUGUGUUGCGCCUGGCUGAAGACGGUCCCGCCAUACGAAACGGAAGGAUGAGGGUAGGGGAUCAGAUCAUAGAGAUUAACGGGGACAGUACUCGGGACAUGACUCACGCCCGUGCCAUUGAACUCAUCAAGGCGGGAGGCAGGCGGGUCAGACUGCUGCUUAAGCGCGGCACAGGACAGGUGCCAGAAUAUGACUGUGCCGCCCCCUGGGAUACCUUUUCUACAGCCCACCCUGCCCUGCAGGAAGUGACCCUCGAGCCCUACCUGAAUCCAUUGCUCUCAUCCCAUCUAGCCUCAGCCCUGGUCACCCCACAUCAGCUCCCUCUAGAGGCCACAGUGUGCAUGGCAGAUAAAGCUCCACAGCCGACAGACCACAGCUCCGUGAGAGGGGCUACAGGUGGCAGGUCCACCCACCGGAAGGGUAUCAUCAGAGGGCAGGGAAGCCAACAGGGAUCUGGAGAGUUGGACUGCGGACCAGGCGAGCGAAAGCCUUGUGUUUUGCCUCCCAAAGCUGCCCUGGCAAGGUCUGUAGAAAGAAGAGAGAGACAGCGGGAAACUUACUCCCCCUGCUGUGAGAGAAAGGGCCUGCACACACAGGCCAUGAGCGCUGUCUGGCCGUGGGACCCUUACGUGAGUGUGAAUUUCAACGGAGCCUCUCUAGGCAGUGGAGACGGACAUGUCAGCCUCCAGGAGAGGCCGGUGUCCAGAGGUCUUUUCUCCAGAGAGGAUGAGAGGGCCAGUGGCCACAGUGGGCUCUGCUGCCCGUCUACCACCGUGGAAGAUCCUCCCGCGAGGAGCGCUGCAGCCUCCCCUGGGCCCUGGAACGUCCCUGGGUCUGACAAACUGCCCGGCACCCUGAGGUCCUGGACCUCCACAGUGAGCAGGUAGAAUGGAUCUUGCUGGUUUGGACCGGAUCACACUUUCUGGCUUUCCAUUCGGUUCCCCUUCAGAUGUUUUAGAGAAUCUGUCCAUUUCCUUCCCCCUCUCUUGCUGUCCAGUUCUUCUAAAAUCAUAUUUUAUGUUUUAUUUGUCCUUAAGAGAUACAUAUUACACCCACCACCUUAAAGAGCAGAGGAACUUCACAGCUAUUGUAACAUAUGGUGUAUACCUGAUGGAGACUGAUGCAUUUUGGACCCGUAGGUGCAACAGCUAAUGUUCUGAUCACAGAUGGAGCAACGAUUUCUGAUUCAGAGCGGAGCUGUGCUUAAGAAAUGUACCAUUAACUACUCGACUGUAUCCGGCUCAGAUGGGUUAGUGCAACUUAACAUCAGAUGGAACAGCGUUCCUCGCAGGAGAGACACAUCUGUUUAUCCCAGAGAUUUUCUUUUGCUCCAUUUUCUCAAAGCAGCGGGAAGAAUGAGACUAAAAAUCGGUCAGAGGGCGGCAGUGACAGUGACUCUCCUGGAGGACAUGGCACUGGUCCCAGUGACAGCCUGACAGUAAGAUUUCACAUGCCUACCAAUAUAUCAUAUCCUGUAAAUGUAAAGAUGUGACAAAUAUGUACAUUUGGUCAUCUCAAAAACAUGUUGGCGUUUCUGAAGCAGUGUUGUAGUUAGCUACAUUGUAAAUAAAAGAAAAAAACACACCGGAACAGUAUUUUAGGAUGACUAUUUCCAUGGCCUCGUCUAUCACUACAUAUCAAAGACGGUGCGAGUCAGUAAUGUCAGAUCGCUGUGGGAGGCAGCAGUCAUGUGCAUGGAUAUAAACCACCAUGUCUUUAUACAAGGACUCACGUGUCUAGUUAGAGGUAGAAUUUUGAGAGGAUAUCCUCUGUGGAUCUGACCAUCUAUAAUGUGACAAAAAGAAGAUUUUUUUUGUUCAUCUAUUGACUAAAAAGUCAGUCGCUUAGUAAGAACUCAUAAUACUGUUCUGAGUUAUGUACACAUCUUGAUCACGAGUCAACCAUGCAGUCAUUGUGCAGAAUUCUAAGCCUUGUUGUAUUCAUUUAAUGCUCACGAAAGAUUCCCAUUUUUAUGCCUUUUACUGUGCUAAGUGUACCACAUCACUGUGGGAGGGGGCAUCGGUGUGGGGAAGAGGAGGCCGAGUGCCUUACUCAAACUGAUGCAGAGCUGUUGACGUUGUGACCUGUUUUGGGAACCGAGUGCAAAACGGAUGAUCGUGCACACAUGUCGGCAAACUGUUGAGUUGUGGAGCCUGUUUUCUUCUGACUUAUUACCAAGCAGUAUACAGUAUAUACAGUAAUCAUGAUGCACUCUUAUAAAUGUCAAUGGUUGCCCUUGUCCCCUAGUGCUUAAAAGGGGAUACAGUAGCAUUACAUCCUCUUCUGGGAGAGUGGAGCUGUUAACUAUCAUCCAGACAGGACAUUGUUUCAGAUGAGUCUCAUUUCAUCUUUAUCCUGUAAAGAUCAUUAGUUAUUUUUGUUGCAGAUGGAACGAAUGCACCUGAAUCUGAACUCAAGACUUAAAAUGACCUGGGAAACACAAAUGCAUUAAAACCCGCGUUUGUGCACAAAGUUUUGAUACCAGCAGAGUUAAACUGAGACGACCAAGAUGAAGGCCCGAUCCUCCUGCAUUUCUACAUUUAAUAUCAUCCAUUGCUCCCAACAAUAUGUUUGCUCUGAUUACAUAUACAUCACUUGAGCUUUUCAUUGCUGGAGGAGCGGAGUUUUAAAAAGAAUCCCAAUGCAUUGUGAGGAUAUAAGCGAAUGCAGCACGAUGGCCCAUCCGAGCUGUACUUGUAAACUGGUAAACGAGGACAAUGCACCCGCAGACACUAGUUAGUCCUGAUAGGUUGAAUACAACAGUGGUCAAUGUGAAUAAGAGAACAUGCUAUUAGGCUGUGGAAAUGUGUUUACUGUAUGUACAGAUGUCCAAGUUCAGAAAAGGUGACAUGUCAUCCAGCCCUCUGUCUCUGUCCGGGCCCCUGCCUGCUGUGAGUGAUUUUGUAUACAAAAACUAAAAAAAUGCUUUAUUGGAGCCUGUGAAGGAUGGCACGUUCAUAGAUCCCCAUUGAGAUCAAGUAUAACUGUGUAGUGUUAAUUGUGUAUUAUUCACCUUGUACAGCUGUAUUCCUACAAAUAUGGUUUACUGUAUCAUUGAUACUGUAGUUUCAAAGACGUGAACAACUAUUUUUAUGAAAUGCGACGGUACUGAUAUAUUACAUUUUGCUAAAAAACAAAAAACUUGUUUACUGAAAGAUAUUCUGAAAUACUGUCAAAUAAACUCUUGACAUGGUGUAAAAUAA